CCCCUUCUUACUGGAAGAAGUUCACCAUGUCAGCCGCGUCUCAGCGCGGGAGUCUGGCACCAUUGCCAGAAUACCACCGCCGCGGACUCAUAAUCCUGACGGCCUUUUCGUUCCUCUCUACCCUGGCCACCACUCUCCUGUGGUUGUUCAUCACAUACAAGUUCCUCUCAUAUCGCAGACGAAAAUGGGUCGACAAGAGGCGACGAGCCAGGCGGCGGCAGAACGUCACCGUCGCCGAUCUGCCCGACCUCACGCUGGGGCUGGAUGCUCCCUGCCCAGGCAGUACAGGGUUUUCCCGCAUAGAAGAACUCGACCGCUUAGCCACCGUGCAAGAGCCUGCGAAUGACGCCGGCGCCCAGCGACCCGACGAGGACGACGAAGACGACGAGACGGAGGAACGCAGCCCGUUCCCGAUUCUCGUAUACAACCUUCUCCUGGCAGACAUGAUGGAGGCCGUCGCCUACAGCCUCAGCAUUUACUGGGUGAUAGAAGAUGGCAUAUUCGCUCCUUCGUCCGUUUGCUGGGCCCAAGGAUGGUUGGGAUCGACGAGCAACCUGGCCGCCAGUCUCUUUCUCACGGCCAUAUCUGUGAACACAUUCCUGACGGUUGGCUUGGGGUUCAAACCGCCCCCAUGGACUGUUUACAUGACGAUUGCUUCUCUCUGGAUAUUUGACUUUGGCAUUAAUGGUGCCGGGGUGAUAUCGGCCACGCUGCAUCCGGCCUCCGUUGGAGAGUCUUUUUUCAUGAGAGCCAAUGUCUGGUGUUGGAUCUCCACGGCUUAUGAUUCUUGGCGACUAUGGGCUCACUAUUUCUGGGUCAUGGUCUCCAUCGCCGUGACAAUCAGCCUUUAUUCCUUUGUUUUUUUUACUCUAUGGCGCCAGAAGCGAAACUGUCGUCAUCUCCCAGCCAAACGAUCAACGCCCAGCGAGGAGUCCGGCUUUCACACCAGCCGAGAAGCGGAACCUCGACAACUGACCGGAUACCACCCGGCUUUCCUCAUUUACCCCUUCAUCUACAUAGGAUGCAGCGUGCCUCUUGUGGUCGGCCGCGUCACGGCUCUUCUGGGGAUCGACCUCGGCAUCUUCUACUUCGCCUUUGCUGGAUCCGUCUUAGCCGCCAACGGGCUCUUUAACUCGAUUCUGUGGACAUCGACAAUCCUCUUCAGCGCCCCGCAAGACGUACGCGAUACGGGACUGGACAGAUUCGCCUUCGUGAGGACGCCGAUACGAGAUUAUGGCCAUACAGUGAUCAUCAGCGGGCCGUCGAGCAGGAGAGUGCGUGAGUCAGAAGCAUCCAUCCACAGUCGCAAAAAGGAUUGGUGGUGGUGGAGAUAUGGAGGACAGAGAACCUGGGGAAGAUCCUAUACCAAUGCGCAUAACAUGCCAGUGGUACGUGCGAUUGAAUUGCAUAGCCGAGCGUCGUCGUCGGGGCCAGUAGAUGGACCUCAUAUACAGAUGGACACUGUGACGGCGGUCACCACAGAACGGGUGAAAGCAGUUGCCUGGUCCCAGGACGGGCCUUGAUAGUUCGAUGAUUUAAUUUUUGCGGGUAAGCGAUAGGAACACAGAGUAACUUCGUCAUGGAGCGGAUGUACAACAAAAUACAGGAUGAUACUAGCCUCAAAACGAGGCUUCUACCAGGGAAGGUACAAUAGGACUCCACAUCAAUAUAAUCAUCU